GUCACGCUAUCAAUUAUUCCUUUCUCUCUCGCUUUCCCGACGCCAAUUCAUUAGCGAUCUCUCUCCCUCUCACGCUCUCCGAGGUUGACAAGUUGCUCUCCUGGAUUAGCUCUAAUCGUCUGCAAGAAAAUAUGUAUUUUGAUGGAUAUGGUUAUUAUGGAACAUCGUUUGAGCAGACUUAUCGGUGCUAUCCAGCAUCCUUUAUUGAUAAGCCACAAAUUGAAAGUGGUGAUAAGAUUAUAAUGCCACCAUCUGCCCUUGAUCGCCUUGCCUCGUUGCAUAUUGACUAUCCAAUGCUGUUUGAGCUUAGAAAUGCUGCAACUGAACGCGUUUCUCACUGUGGAGUCCUCGAGUUCAUUGCAGAAGAAGGAAUGAUUUACAUGCCAUACUGGAUGAUGCAGAACCUGCUGUUGCAAGAAGGAGAUAUUGUGAAAGUUAAAAACGUCACUCUCCCAAAGGGAACCUACGUAAAACUACAGCCGCACACUACUGACUUUCUUGAUAUAUCUAACCCGAAGGCCAUCUUGGAAACGACAUUGAGGAAUUAUUCAUGCUUAACCACCGGGGAUAGCAUUAUGGUUCCUUACAACAACAAGAAGUACUUCAUAGAUAUAGUUGAGACAAAGCCUUCUAACGCAAUCAGCAUCAUCGAAACGGACUGCGAAGUUGAUUUUGCACCUCCGCUUGACUACAAGGAGCCGGAACGGCCCGCCCCUCCUGCUCAGGUCAAGGGUCCAGCAAAAGUUGAAGAGCCUCCAGCUGAACCAGAACCUCCCAAGUUCAACCCUUUCACGGGAGUCAGCAGACGUUUAGAUGGGAAACCUCUGUCCUAUCAGCCGUCGCCUGUCUCUUAUCCAUCCUCUGGGUCUAAAGACAAGCAGCCUGCCGUUGCUAAUGGUAGUGGCCAGUCAUCGGCAGGAAGCAGUUCACAGAAUGCUCGGCAAACUCAAGGGAAACUUGUGUUUGGGGCAAACGUAAACCGUGCCCCAAAGGAAGCACCAAAGGGAGCUGGAAAAGAUAACAAGCAAGAGCAAGGAGAGAAGAAAGAAGAGGAGCCCAAGUUUCAAGCUUUUACUGGGAAAAAGUAUUCAUUGAGGGGUUGAGCUUGAACAUGAACAUCACCUCCUCUACUCUCAGGUGGAGCAGCACUGUAGUGUUUCACAAUUCUCACAUGUUGUGUAUUAUGCCCUGCCCCCCACAAACUUUAAAAACAAAACUAGUAACCACUUGGGUUCUUCUUCUCAGACUUGCAAAAAAGAAAUGAAUAAAAUGUUUUCUCCGACCAAA